AUGGGUAUACUUAGUACUAUAAGGACCUCGGUUUCUUCUCCACAUCAAAUACCGAUAUUCAGGCAAAAAGAAUCGGUGAAUGAUUUUCUGAGCUUGGAUGCGACUUCAGAGUCAUUAAUGCCUUCUUACGUCGUAAACAGCAUUCCAGAAGAUACGUUAACCGUAACAAAUCCGUUGAUGGUGCUUCUGCAGGCCCAAUCUAACAAAAGAUACUACGAAUGGAAUUUCAAUGCUGCUUCUGAUGUAGUGUGGCAUGUUUCCUCCAAGGAAACCUUGGAAACAUAUGUCGUUGUGGAAAGGUUAAUAUUGGUAGGCGCUGAAUUGAUCAUAGAAGGCAACGAUUUUGGAAUGUACAGGGUUGGUCUCGUAGAUGAGUUUGAUAGCAUUGGUACAUCUGUAGUCCAGACGGAGGGCCAAACAUUGAGUGUAAAUGACGGUGCUCUGUCUUUGGCGUGUACUAGUCGGGAUUGGGUAAAAGUACUGGAGAAACUCUGUUUGUUAUCUAUUUUUGAACAUUACAGCAUUUAUAAGUCUUUAUCUGGGGCGAUUAUUUCUAGCUACGGAUUAAAAAUGUCAGACAUGCAUGUGAUAUUGGAUUCCUCUUUUAAUUUUAAAGAUUGGUGUGAGAUUUAUUUGGAGGGUGAAGGCUGGGUCAAAGUCUGGUGCCAUAUUGAUAAAGUCUCAAAAAAUUCCACCUCGAAUGAUAAUAGGAGUGGCCAUUGUCAAAUAAAAUUCUAUAAAAAUGAAAAGUCGAAAUCAUCAAGAAAUUUGUUGUGUUUUAUUCCAGAUUGUGCUUACGUUCAGGAUAUCUUUUUCUACAAAGAUUGUCAAAAGGAGAAUUCCUACGCCACAAAGUCGUCUGCUUUGGAUUUUCUGAAGAGCAUAAAUACACUGAAGGUCAUUGGCGAUGUAUCAUUUCCGUCAGAAGGCUACUCACGCAAGCAUAGGUCAUCAUCGAUCUCUAAUAUGUCCUUUUUUUCUAAAGGGGAGAAUAGAACGAGAUCCAGCUCUUCGAGCUCCAUCAACAGUUCCACGAGUCCUAAUCAAAGUCCAGUAAGAAGCUCGGCUCGCUCACCACAGCUCAGGAUGUUCUCGCCAUCAAAAAGGCAUCAGAGAACUUCUUCUCAAAUAAGUGUAGAUUCCGUUUACUCCACUCACAAAGAUUUGGAUAACUGCACUAUCAGCUCUAAAGGCUUGCUCAUCAGACCCAUAUCACACAACGGUGUCAUUCAUCUUCAAACGAUGAUUCGGUUUGCCAUUCCCAUGAUGGAUUGCGUCAGGAAGUACGGUCGUCCAAAGCGUUUCAAAACGGAUAGAACUGAUCCAGACUCGCUAAUGUUUGGUCAACCAAAACUACCCAGCAUAGACUAUUUUGCCGCCGAGGAGUUACAGGUACUUUUGCAUCCAGAGACUAACAUAGAAUGUACAACCCCAAGUGAGAGUUCAGCUGUUGCAUUGAAUUGGUUAUCUGAUAGUCUUGCGAAAAGGAUGUUGGAAAACCAUACAAGAUCUGACAAUCUGACGUACAGAACUCUUGCGGAUGUGCGUCGGCAAAACAGUGAGCGCUGCUCUCUUGACCAAAUGAAGUCUGAAUCUGUUACCACAAAUAGUUCGCCAAUUGUAUAA